GUUACAGACAUUCGUGCUUCUAUGGUGGACACUGUUUGAAUUCAGUUAGGUCUUCGGGAAAGAGAUGCUUUGUCCAACUAAACACAAAUCCGAGAGUUGUAUUGACCAAUAACACAUUAGGGAUUGCUGAUCAGUGGUUUUGUGUCGUACCUUAACCUAAGAGGCGGGUGAUUCAAAGUUAAGAAAACAAUUUGAAAAGAAAAAAAAAAAAUACUCCACGACAAUGGGAGCAGCGCAAUGCGCAAUGAAGCUGAUCAAUGCAGAGACCCUACCUGAUCCAUUCAUUCAUGUUCCAGUCGUUUCUGAUCCGGUGAUGCCAAGCAGAAAUGCUGGCAGCAGCUCUGACGGGACAGAAGACUCGGAUUUCUCGGCCGACCUGGAGCACACUGACAGCUCGGAGAGCGAUGUGAACACACGCAGAAACACCCGUCUCACUCGGGCCUCUGUUCGCCUAAGCCAGAGUUCUCAAGAUUCCAGUCCAGUUCGGAACUUGCAGUCCCUGGGUUCAGAUGACGCCGCCUAUUCCACAAGGCGUGUGACCCGUAGCCAGCAACAGGGGGCGCCAGUCACCCCAAAGAAAUACCCCCUGCGUCAGACCCGUUCCUCCGGAUCGGAAACGGAGCAAGCCAUCGACUUCUCCGACAGGGAUCUGAAGCAUGCCGUGGACCAAGACGAGUCUCCUCCGCGUACCCCCACUGGGAAUGCGCCCUCCUCGGAGUCUGACAUCGACAUCUCCAGUCCCAACGCCUCCCACGACGAGAGCCUAGCCAAGGACCUGUCCCUGAAGGACUCGGGCAGCGACCUCUCCCACCGACCCAAGCGCCGGCGCUUCCACGAGAGCUACAACUUCAACAUGAAGUGCCCCACGCCCGGCUGUAACUCCCUGGGCCAUCUUACUGGGAAGCAUGAAAGGCAUUUCUCCAUAUCAGGUUGUCCCCUCUACCAUAACCUUUCAGCUGAUGAAUGCAAGACGGCCAAUGAAAAAGCGGAAAAGACAAAAGGAAUGACGGAGUCACCUAAUCUGUGUCUGCAGGUGAGAGCUAACAAUCGGGACAAGCAGGUGGAAGAGCGGACACUGUCACAUAGACAGGACGAGAACAACAGGCAUGCCACGCGCCACCAGGCCCCGACUGAGAGGCAGAUGAGGUAUAAAGAAAAGGUGACAGAGUUGAGGAAGAAGAGGAAUGCCGGACUGCUGAAGGAGCAGAAAGAGAAAUACAUGGAGCACAGACAGACCCAUGGCAACACGAGGGAGCCUCUCUUGGAAAACAUCACAAGUGAUUAUGACCUGGAGCUGUUUCGAAAAGCCCAGGCACGUGCAUCGGAUGAUCUUGAGAAGUUGAGGCUACAGGGUCAGAUCACAGAAGGCAGCAACAUGAUCAAGACGAUCCUCUUCGGUCGCUACGAGCUGGAUACCUGGUACCACUCUCCCUACCCCGAGGAGUAUGCGCGGCUCGGACGCCUCUACAUGUGCGAAUUCUGCCUCAAGUACAUGAAGAGCCAGACCAUCCUUCGCAGACACAUGGCAAAAUGUGUAUGGAAACAUCCUCCUGGGGACGAGAUCUACAGAAAGGGAGCCAUAUCUGUGUUUGAAGUGGAUGGCAAGAAAAAUAAGAUUUACUGCCAGAAUCUGUGCCUAUUAGCCAAGCUGUUUUUGGACCACAAGACGCUUUAUUAUGACGUUGAGCCUUUCCUGUUCUAUGUGAUGACCGAAGCAGACAACACAGGGUGCCAUCUUGUUGGUUACUUCUCCAAGGAGAAAAAUUCCUUCCUGAACUACAACGUAUCCUGCAUCCUGACAAUGCCACAGUACAUGAGACAGGGAUAUGGCAAAAUGCUCAUCGACUUCAGUUACUUGCUGUCAAAGGUAGAAGAAAAGGUUGGCUCCCCAGAGCGCCCCCUCUCUGAUUUAGGUCUAAUCAGCUAUCGUAGUUACUGGAAGGAGGUGUUGCUCCGCUAUCUGCACAACUUUCAAGGCAAAGAGAUCUCCAUCAAAGAAAUAAGUCAAGAGACUGCAGUGAACCCUGUGGAUAUCGUGAGCACGCUGCAGUCGCUCCAGAUGCUAAAGUAUUGGAAGGGAAAGCAUCUGGUCUUAAAGAGACAGGAUCUUAUAGAUGAGUGGCUGGCGAAGGAAGCAAAGCGAGGCAGCAGCAACAAAACCAUCGACCCGAGCUCUUUGAAAUGGACCCCCCCAAAAGGCACAUAGAACCCCAGAAAACGGGUUCACCCUUGUGCAAAUCUACUUCUCAAUAAAUCACCAUAUUACAGCUAGCAAACCUGUCCAUAGAUGUAGUGACCCAUUCCUGCUGCUAAUUGUGGCGGUAAGGGAGUAAGGACUGGUCUGGCUGCAGCUGGCCCAGGCAGGGUACUUAGGGAUGGAGUGGUUGUGGGUUUUAUUUGUCUUGUUGUUUUUUAUUUUAUUUUUUUAUUCCCAACAACGUGCCCCAUCGAUCACCUGUAGUGUCCCACCACAAACAAUCUUUGAACAUCACAUGAUGGUUACUUUAUAUUUUAUUUUAUUGUAUUUUAUUUGCAUCCAGUUUUCAGGAUGAAACUUUAAAUACCAAAAAAUGUGUUGAAUGCCCCAGUACUGUUCUGGCAUAGGUCUGGGCCGGUACCUGUUCUACCCAUGUGUGUUUUUGGAUGAGUCUGUUUUGUGUUUGUCAACAUACAUUAUUCUUUACUUCUUGGGGUCAUGUGUAUUAAAAUACAUAAGACGAUUGCCAAAACAAUGUGUUGGUUUUGGCAAUUGCCGGAGGAAUAGAACGACCAAAUGUUGCAAUGCCUCUUUUUGAAGAGUAGCCUGCUAACAGCAAUUUAAAUAAUUAUUUAAACAAAACAAACGUUUUUUGCAAGAACAUACGCAUACUUAUUUUCAAAAGCAUAAUUUGAAAAUUUCAAGGAAUGUGAUAUGAAUACCUGCGUUUGUGGCUUGUUGAAUGUAAUUUGAACAGAGUAGGUGCACAGAACCAGUUAAUUCAAAAUUACAAACAUGGGUGAGGCUUAAUUGACAGUACUCAUUAAAAUGAAAAACCAUUUCACACCAUCUCUCUUGCUUAACUGUGUAGUAAUGUUAGUCUUACUCCAACUUUUGAUAAUACUGUAUGCAAACAUGUAGUUUCCUUUCAUCCUUUAAAAAAUAUUUUAACAGUCCAUCCCCUCUGACUGUUUUGAAAUACAUGCACUGAUUACAGGCUUACUGUGCUCUUUUACAUUCAGUUUAUGUUUAAGUGUAUGUGUGCACUUGAACACGGCAGAAGGAAAGGUAUAGAUCAUUUACAGUUUUGUGCAUAAUGGUUUAUGCUUAAAUGUUUGCUGGAAAAGAACAAAAACAAGUACCAUAUGGGAAAUAUUUGUACAAUCAUUAAAAAAAAAAAAACCCAUAAAUUAAUCAUUGACACAUUUUAAAUGUAAUUCCUAAAAAUAAAUAAGGAAGUUUUAUGCUGAUAAAAAUCUAUUUUUAAAUCUAUUUUUAAACCAGUGUUCUAGCAGGAUGUACAAAGCCAGUGAUAUUAGAUUCACAUAAUUAAGUGUCCAGAAAAUUUAGGGUGCCUAAUUGUUAAUCUGUUACAUUAAUGGCUACCAUCUCUUAUUUUGGCCCCUAAAUAAUAUUAUGAUUUUCUUUUAAUUGUUUUUUUUUUGUUGUUUUGCAUGUGUAGAUGUUUAACCACUAAGUUAAAAACAUUGUGUAUUAGAAUCCUGUUGCCUCACAACAGUAAAAAAAAAAAAAAAAAAAGUCAACUUUUGUAACUGACAAUCUGUUCAACUAAACCAAAUGGGGAUUUCAUUUUUUUUUUGGAUGGGGGAGGCACAUGAUAACCAUGGAGAUACUAUAUUUUAUUUUUUUAUUUUUUUUAAAUCUGUAAUUUUGCCCAGUUUAAGCAUGGUAUGGUAAUUUAAGACCCAACUCACACGCACAGUGAAAGGUGUACAAUUCACCUUUUAAUUUGAAUAAUUUUAUAUGUUGAAGUUUGACACAAAAGAACACACACGCACUGUAUUUAUAUCUAAGUAGUAAAGGAAAAUGAUAUGUUGAAAAGGGAUGAAGUAAAAUAAUCAAGAUAACUCAAUAGAUAGAAGUAUCCUACAUAUUGGUGUGGACCUGCAAAUUAAAUUAAAAUGCUUAUUCUGUUUAAAUAAUGGUCAAAAAAUUAUAAAUCAAACACAAGACCUUGCACAUGUGGGAUACACUGGAAUACCUUUGGUUGAAAUAGAAUAUGCAAACUAUUCGCUGGAGGAAAGUCAACAGUUCACUUUGUGCUUGUGAGUGUUGUGGGUUUCCACAGUAUUAAUCCUUUAUCACUUAUUACCAUCAUUUUUAAUACCAUCAUUUUAUUCAGUAGGGUUAGGCAGUGUGGUACGUUAAAGAUUACAAUGCCUGCAAAUUCCACUACAAACAUUUAGGUUUCUUGAUUUCUCUUGCGUUUCCUCCCCGAAAUCUUGAUUUAUAUAUCAUCUCCCUCCCCAUUUUACAGCAUUAGUUAACAGCCAUUUUUGUUCCUAAUUGACUGCUUGCUGAUGUGCACAUUGCAUUUUUUGAUAUACAAGAAAGAAUACAUUCUUUAGAAAAAGUACUGAUAGCUAUUCUGUUUUAAGUAGCUAGAAAAGUUGACAAUGCAGCAUAAUAAAUAAAUACCUAGGUGUGUGUAAAACUGCUUUAGGAUGACAAAUGGAACUAAAAAUCCAUGCCAGCAUCCCUGCAAAAGUCAGAUUUGCUCCUUUGCUUGUGUGUGUGUGUAUAUGUAUAUAUAUAUAUAUAUAUAUAUAUAUAUAUAUGUCAUUACUUAUUUUGAGGGGGAAGAGUUUUAAACCUAUUUUAAACCUCCUGAAAUAAGCCAACUGUGCUGACCUCCUGAAUCAUGCAAUCUGGUAUAGAGUAGUACGCUUUACAUCUCCGUAUCACAUGGUGUCUUAAUACUUUAUUAAAACGUGGCUGAAGUUAGCUACAUGUUCCAGCUUGGCUUCUCUGUAAAGUGCGCUUUAUCUUUGUACCAGGUGGGACACAGAGGUAGGAUAUUUAUCUAGAUUGGAGGGGGGGGGGGGUGAUUUGAUGGGUUUGAGGCUGAAAUCUAUUCACACUCGAGAAGAGAGGAAGUUCAUGGUAUUGUUGUUUAUCAGUGAUGUUCAACUUCUGCACCUGCUUUCUCAUAAAUAAAACACGUGUUGUACAGUGA